UGUUUAGAUAAUUACUUCAGGUUCAAAUUUUUAGGAAAAUCUCCACAGAACAUUGUGACCUGCCUAGGGACCCUAAUUGUUACUAGACCUCUAUACAACAGUAAAUACAGAAAACUUCGCCGGCCGUAGUUUUACGCACUUCCUACCGAGCACUCUAUUCCCCCAGUGUUUUCAGUGUUAUUUUCCGAAUUGCGCAUCAACUAAAUCUUGAACAUAUUCGUCCAAUAACAAAGUGUUAAUAAUCAGAACCUCCUACAAAUACUGAUGGGCUUCCAUGGCCAUGUGAGUUGUCACACUUGACAAACGAAAAAUCGGCAUUUCGUUCACCCCCUUUGGAGUUCAUAAACAAAAUUACUAAAUUUUUUAUCGAUUAUGGAAUUAAUGCGCAUAUUUUUAAAUCGUAAAUUAAAACGUAGUCUACUAGAUGUUACGAAUAAAGUGUUGAGUAUUCAGAGUGCGAAAUACAUAAGAUUGGCAGAAGUUGGAAAAUUAGAGACUCCGAAAUUGCAAGGGAAAUAUGAGACCGGACAGCUAAUACUCCAUCGUGUGUUUGGGUAUCGUGGGGUUAUUCUGUUUCCAUGGCUUGCAAGGGUCUACGACAGGGAUCUACCCAACAGGAAAGAUGGAGACGAUGAGAAUAAUUACAACAGUGUUGGAAAGGAGGUAAAGGGGCGAACACACACAUUUUAUCAGGUUUUGAUUGAUCAGAGGGAUUGUCCAUUUAUUAGAGCUCAGACCGAGGCAGUGACUUUUCUAGGGAACAAUGAAAGCAGCAGAAGCCUAUAUGCAAUACCAGGUCUAGAUUACGUAGCCCAUGAAGAUAUAUUGCCCUAUUCAACAAAUGAUAAGACCGCUCUUCAGCAUGAAUUAUUCGAUAAAUUUUUGACCUUUCAUCCCGGGAGAGAACCACCUUUUGUGGCGCAGGAAACGCUCAGAGCAUGGCAGGAGAAGAAUCAUCCCUGGUUGGAGCUGUCAGACGUUCACAAGGAGACGACAGAUAGCAUUAGGGUCACUGUCAUCCCCUUCUACAUGGGGUGCAGGGAGACACAAACUACAUCAGUUUACUGGUGGCGCUACUGCAUUCGCCUUGAAAAUCUCGGCCCCCUCAGUGUACAACUUCGAGAAAGACAUUGGCGGAUAUUCAGUCUGUCUGGUACCUUGGAGACAGUCCGGGGUAGAGGUGUCGUGGGUCAGGAACCAGUUCUUUCAAAAACCCUCCCAGCCUUUCAAUACAGCAGUCACGUCAGUCUUCAAGCCCCCAGUGGUCACAUGUGGGGAACUUUCAGGAUGGAAAGGGAAGAUGGCUACACAUUCGACUGCAGAAUCCCUCCGUUUUCCCUUGAAUCCAAAGUGGAAGAACCCACGACGCCUAAUGCUGAGUCUUAACUACCCGACCCGAAGUCAAAGAAAUCGAUGAACGGAAAAACAAUUUAUGUUAAAUCUCAUGUGACGCAAUCCCUGUGCCUGUAAAUAAAAAUAUUUAUCAUUAAAAUAAUAUUGUUACUGUGUAGCCAUUUAGUACUGAAUGAAUAAACUAGUGAUAUUGAUUACGUUUGAGUUGUUAAUACUGGCAAAUGUUGAUUAAUAAAUACAAUUAAAUGUUAAGGUAUUUACGGAGUGGUGAGCGAAAAUUGGAAGAAACUGUACCACGAAGUUAUUCGACAAGAGCCUUCAUCAUUUCGUUAGACGUUGGUGUUGUCUUUACCUUUAAAUAGAAAGCAACGACUUUUGACAAGAGAAUCAACUAUAGCCAAAUUAAAUAGUCCUGUCCUCCCCCCCCCCCCUCGCCAUUCGCCUUCAUGUCUCCCACCUCUUAAAUCAAGGACAUGGACUCAUCAGUUCCCUUUUAGAUCGGAAUUGUAGAAGUUUACGAAGUUCCAUAUUUUCGUUACCCUUCAGAGUCACUGACUGGCUUCUAAAUGACUCAGGAAGAAAAAAAUACAUGACUAUUAAAA